CAAAAAUCGUAGUCAAUGUUGACAAAAUGGUCUUAACGCGUUCAUACACCGGUGAUUGUUGACAUUUACGAUCAGUGUUUGAUAAUUGUUGUCUACAUUUGAAGCACGAUAUAAAAUAUGGAUGUAGCUGAAGGUGUGACACCAGCAUAUUUGAAAUUGGCUCAGAUAAAAUUUUGCUUGUCUCUUCCACAGUUUAAAAAUGACCCCGAUCUAAAAAAAUCGUUGUUAGAUGGGAUAGUCGAUAAUAAUAUGGCACCUUAUUAUCAAGAAGUAUGUACUGAUUUGUCAUGGAAAUUUGACCAAACUCUUUAUGAAAAAAUGGCAGCAAACAAUGAUAAACGGAUGGCAGAACUUGAACAAGAAAAAAAUCCUACAAUGGUAGAUGAUGAUGAUCCUGUUUCAGGAAUUUGGCAAGCCAAGUUGCUUUAUUUAUGUUCUAUUGGUGAUCGUGAAAAAGCAACUAAAUUGGCUGAAUCAAAAUUGGAAGAGAAGAAUGUACCUAAGUCUCAACAAAUUGAUACUGUAUUUGCUUUAUUCAGAAUAGCAUAUUUCCAUGGUUGUGAUUUACCAGCUAUGAAAAAAGCUAUUGAUAAAGCUACAGAAUUAAUCGAAGGUGGAUCUGGAGGUGACUGGAGUGCUAGAAACAAACUAAAGGCAUAUGAUGGUAUUUGGAGUUUAGCAAUACGAGAUUUCAAUCGAGCUGCAAAAUUGUUUGUAGAUGUUGUACCUACAUUUGAAUCGUAUGAACUCGCGGAUUUCAGUACCAUUAUCAAGUAUACUGUAUAUUCAUCUAUGAUAGCUUUUCCAAGAUAUGAGUUAAAAAAAACACUCAUGCAUCAUGGAGUCAUGGCUCAAGCAUUAAACUCUGACUCUAAAGAACUCAAAGACUACUUUGUAUCAUUAUACGAAGGUCAAUACUCAAAAUUCCUUGUUUUUUUAGCACGCAUUGAAAAGAACAUGAAACAAGAUCCAAUAUUACACCCUCAUUACAAAUAUUAUGUCCAAGAAAUGAGAUUAUUGGCUUAUAAACAAAUAUUACAAGCAUAUAGGUCAUUGAGUUUAGAUUACAUGGCUGAAUCGUUUGGUGUAACCAAGGAAUUUGUAGAAAAGGAAGUUGCUAGAUUUGCUGCUGCAGGACGUUUAACUUGCAAAAUUGAUCAUGUCGCAGGAGCUGUAGUGACCAGUAGUACAUCCAAGUGUAGUUUACAAUUAGGGGCGCCGGAAUCUAGGUUGGAACGUGGUAUAUUAUAUCAGACAACUGUGAAAAAAGGAGAUAUAUUAUUAAACAGAUUAAAGAAGUUGGCCAGAGUUAUGGAUUUCUAAAAAUAAAUUAUAUUGAAUUCUUUUUUUUUUUUUAGAAUUACUUAAACAUUUAUAAACUUUGAAUUUAUGUAUGUAUAUAUACUUAUUAAUUACAUUGAUUCUAAUUUAUCUACUGUUUGUUUGUAACACCAAAACUAUAAACCUAACAUCUCUAAAAAUUAUAUACUAAGGAUCAUACAAUAUAUUUAUUGUAGAUUUAUUAUA